UCCGGGUUGUCCUGGCCAUCGCAAGCUCGCCGACGCGACGGCCGACUACGACUUUCUGCUGCGCUUCUCUUCUCAUCAGUAUUCUUGGAUAAAAAACCCGUAUUUUGCGGAAUCUGAACGUGGCCGUUAUCUCAUACAUGAACUUAAUUCUCAACACAAAGCCGACAAAAGGAAGAGGAUUAUCUUCAAUUCAAACGCUGACACUGACAGGAAAACAUCGAUCGUCGAUUUUGUGUUGUAUUGCGUACUUCUAUCGUCAUACAGUCCAAGCCAGGCCAGUGCAUUGUUAAUGCCACGUAAGCCUUAUUUGGAUAGGGCGUCAAGCGCGAGCUCACACAGCUCAGAGUCAGAGACGGUAUACGAGCCCAAGACAACGAAGAGGUCACCGAAAUAGGAUAUUUUAAUCCCUCGUUUUGAGAACUGAUCUAGCUAUAGCUCUACUAGUACUACUAGGAACUAUAAUUUCAUUCAGCUGCGGUGAAAGCUUUAUGUGAAGUAAAGAAAAGUGCAGAUACAAUGUCAAAUAUGACAUAAUCAAGGAAUUUCACUUAGAGUUUAUUUCCUCCUGAAGAUCACUUUCAUCUGGUAUUAAAGAUGGAGAUGUUCAUGAAGAAGAUCAUAUUUUUGUUGGUAUAUGCCAUGCUGCUCUUCCUCGUGGCCCGAUUGCUGGAGUAUAUCGCUUGGUAUGAGACGGGUUUGCUGAUGAUGAAGUUGGUUGAUCCUGUCUCCUUGAGCGUCAGGAAGUUGAAGAGUCUUCUGGAUGGGCGAGGGCUGAGCUACGAAGGGGUCAUCGAUAAAGCGGAACUGACGCAGCUUGUUGAGGAAUCUGGGCAAGUCAUGGAAGGUGAGGUUUUGAUGAUGGAAAAAGAUGUCUCUGAGGUUGAGGAAGAUGAAACUGCUUCAACCGCUUUUACCGGUUACACCCAGUUCUAUGAGGAGGUGGAGGACAAGAAAGACAGCAUAUGGCUUGUACAGGUUAUUCCUAGAAACCAUGGUCCGCUGCUGGGGAAGAGAGCCUGGUCAACUGUAGUGAAAAAGUUAUCCAGGUUUGGCAUACGACACGGAACAUUUGACUGCUCUAUUGACCCAAGGAUCUGCCCUCAGAAGAACUGGAACCAGCCUCUCUUACUCCUCGCCAUGCCCCAAGUUCACAGGCACAAAGGUGAAGUGUCCAUGGCGAUGUUCACAUCAGCCGGAAAAGCCCAGCAGAUCGUCAACUGGGUGUACUUGGAGCUAGCUCACAGGGUCAACACCAAGCGGAGAUUCGGGCACGAGUUUGAUUGGGAUCGGGUCGAGUCUGAUCAAGAUUACGCCGUCAAAAUCGUUCUUUUCUCAAGGAAUCACGAACCACCGCUGUUCUUUUCUGCCCUAAACUUGAAAUACUCUGGCCGUGUGAAGUUUGUUUUUGUCAGCGACUCCAAAACGUUUUAUGUCUAUGACAAUCAGGCUCAGAAAUACUGGCUCCCCUCCUAUGUGAUCAUGACACCGGAAGGAAAGAACAUAUACGGCACGCAUAUUGGCGAAUAUUGCACAUACACUGCUCUUGAUAUCUACCUACAGAUGCUGGCACCAGAGGCAAAUGAUAUCUUUGUUUUGACUUUUAUCAACGUAAAUGCUAUUUGUUUCAUCGGUUUAUUUGUUAUUCAAGGUGGCAUAGCCAAAAGGAUAUGCAGCUUUCUGUUGACAAUUGGAAAAUACAAUAUUACCUUUUUAUUGCUGUGGUUACCGUUGUUAGGAAUCAUCCAACUACCCUUCAUGGCCUCGGUCCAAGAUUAUUUGUAUAAAAUACUGAGACUGUCCUCGCAAACGUGGCUGAUGGGGAAACUUCGUCAAGAUUGGAUAAUGUAUUCCGGACAUUCUUACAUCAUGGUCGGAUCCUUUCUCCUCUAUUGUGUUGCUGUAAACUGGGUCUCUAAACGGAUAAAUGCCCCAACACACGAAGAUGGUAUGACGAGUGCUAUGUGGCUGCGUUCGUCGCUGGUGGAUUUCCGUAGUUUCCUCCUGCGCCCGUCCCCGUCUUUGAGAAAUGGUCUCCCACGCCACGACCACCGGGAAGAAGGACUCGACUUGUUGAUAGAGCAGAUGGCCGUACCAGACCUCUGGCUGCAUCCACGGAUACCUGAAAACUACAUGAAUGAUUUAUUGACUUGGCAUUACACCUGUGACUGGCUUCAAAAUUACUCAUCUGGCAACGACUCCUCUGAUUCUGAAAAGGGUGCUUGUAGAUCUCAUACAAAAAAAUGUGCGGAACUGCGUCAAUGUUUAUUCAAGUGUGGUCUAAAAUGUAGAAAUAAUUCUAACCCUUGCUCUUAUUCCCCCAAAAAGAAAAAAGAUUUUGGUACAAAUAAAAGAAAUGAUGAAGACGAACUAUUUGUUGUUGAAGGUCAAGAAAAGCCAUGUUGCAAACAGCCAGAAUCAAUAACUUGGUCGGAUUCCGAACAUGAAACACGUUUUUUCACAGGCUCAAAAUCCAAAGUUCAAAAGGGAUCUAGUGUAGAUAGAUUAGAAGCCGAGUUAGAUGGAGCAAGAUCUGAACACGGGGAGAAACCACUUACAAAAGCCAAUUCAAAUUUUAACCAUGAGAAAUGUUCUUUCCGGGAAAGGCCAGUAUGUCCCCACUCUGUAAAAGAAACAAGCAUGGAAACCCCUGAAUUUUGUGCAGAUCCUCUAAAAGAAAAAGAAAAGCCCAAUUCGGCCCUAGCUUCUAGGAAGCACUCCCCAAGGCAUUGUCCUGAAGUGAAACCCAAAACCAGCCCAAGGAAGAAGUCCAGGUCCCAGAUUACCAAGUCCUGGCCCGAGGGUGUACUGUUCGAUGCCCAGUGUGCCAUCUGCAUUGAAGCCUACACAACCGGUGUCAUGCUCUGUGGCCUACCGUGUGGCCAUGCUUAUCACCGACAGUGUAUCUUUGCCUGGCUAAAUAAUGGCAACCAUGUUUGCCCUAUAUGCAGAUGGCCAGCUUACAAGAAGAAAGCAAAGUCGUCCAAGCAUAUGGAAUAAUAAAUCUUAACCAGACAGUGGUCUUGUUUGAUAAAUAGUUCAAAAUUUACACAGGUUUCUUUCCUUAAAACCUUGUAACAAAGUAUUCCUUUACCCUAGCUGUUUUGGCCCAGUGGAUUACUGAUUAGUCUUCGAACUUUGAAACAGAUGGUCAUGGGUUCAAAUCCCAGCCAUGGCAUGCUUUUUUCCUUCAGCAAGAAAUUAAUCUACCAUGUGCUGCACUCAACCCAGGUGAGGUAAAUGGGUACAGACAGAAAGUAUAUGUGUAAUCCCUUUAAAAAGCUGAGGACCAAUAUCAGUAGACUAGCUUACGUGUAGAUGGGGUAAUAUAAGAGUGCCAUGAGCACUUUAACAAGUUGGAUAUGUGCACUCUAUUACAACUAUCCUAUA